AAAAAUCUCCUUCUCCAGACCUUUGAAAAGAGUUCCUUCCAUAUCCAUUGUGAUGGACUCAAAGAAAGAGGAUGCAGCUUCUGCACCUACGAGCCCAGAAUCUAGGAGGACCAGGAGCAAUGGCAAAGGGAAAACCAUUGCUGAGGCUGCUCCCCCUUCUGUAACUGUAGUUUCCACAAAAGCUAUCCCAUCCCCAAGGGGGAGAUGGAGAAAGGGUGCCGCAAUCCUGGAUUUCAUCCUUAGGCUCGGAGCCAUUAGUUCUGCUAUAGGUGCUGCUGCCGUCAUGGGGAACAAUGAACAGCUACUUCCAUUCUUCACCCAGUUCUUUCAGUUUCAUGUUCAAUGGGAUGAUUUUCCAAUGUUUCAGUUUUUUGUAUUUGCAAAUGGAGCAGCAGCUGUAUUCCUCAUCCUCUCAUUGCCAUUUUCAAUUGUCUGCAUGGUUCGGCCUUUUGUAGUAGGGCCAAGGCUUCUACUAGUGAUCAUAGACAUAUUUACAAUGGCUUUGGUCAUGGCAGCUGCUUCGGCUGCUGCAGCUGUUGUGUACUUAGCGCACAAUGGGAGCCAAGAUGCCAAUUGGAUCGCCAUUUGUCAACAGUACACUGACUUCUGUAAGGUCACUAGUGAAGCUGUGGUGGCUUCUUUCGUUGCUGCGGUUUUCUUAAUUUUCUUGAUCGUGCUCUCCUCUGUGGCUCUCAAAAGGCGUUGAAAAGAGAAUUUGGAUGGUAAUGGUGGAGCUUCAUAGAAGCUUCUAUUGUAUUUGUAUAAUAUUAUUGUAAAGUUGCAAGAGUUUGAGGUGUAAGUGAUGUGUGUCUGUGUUACAUUAAAGUGAAAAAUCAUGUUCAAGUUUGUCUGUAAUUCAAAUUCCACGUUGCAAAUCUGAGACCAAGGUUAAAAAGUC